AUGUUUUCACUAGCUCUAAAAAGAGAUCUUCGCCCUACAAUAGGCCUGGUGCAACGUUUCUACUGUGCUGCCGGCAAAAAGGAAACCGCAGAAACUAAAACUAUACCCAAAAAUGUCUUAGAAGGAAAUCAAACGGCACAUUUACAAACGGAAAAUGGUGCCAUUUUCGAUAAGAAACCAUUCAAAAUUCAUUUGGAUAAAGACAAAGUGUAUAGCUGGUGCCUGUGCGGUAAAUCGAAACGUCAACCCAUCUGCGAUGGCAUGCACAAAGAUGAAUUUCUGAAAAUCAAAUUGAAACCGAUUCGUUUCAAGGUGGAGAAGACCGGCGACUAUUGGCUUUGCAAUUGCAAACAAACCAAACAUCGUCCAUUCUGUGAUGGCACCCACAAACAAAAGCACAUUCAAGAAGCUGUUAAAUAA